AUGGAUUUUAAAAAAUUAACAGUAGUCCAGCUGCGUGAGGAGUGCAGAAAAAGAAACAUAAACUCCGUCAACAUAAAAAAGUCUGAUCUCAUCGACCUCCUUUUAAGAUACGAGGAUGAGAACAAAGCUGUUUACAGGGACGAAGCUGGUGAGUCAUCAUCAGUUCCUUUGGAAUCAAGGUCUUUUGAUGAAUUGUCUGAGUCCGAAAAGAUUCAAGCAAGAAUUCGAAGAUUUGCGUGCAAUAAAUCCGGGAAGGAUUCGGAGGGGGCUAAUGCACUCGAUGCCGUAUAUGCGGAGGAGUUGCAGAAACAGGAGGAACGUCGGCGCAGAUUUGCUAGACCGGCUGAUAAAUAAAAAUGUGCAAA